AUGGAAGGAAACCUAUACAAUCAACCCGUAGUGAUAGACAAUGGAUCCGGGAAUAUCAAGGCUGGGUUUGCCGGCGAGGACCAACCCAAAACAUACGCAUCUGCCAUUGUCGGUCGACCCAAGUAUCAAAAGAUCAUGGCUGGAUCGCUAUUAAUGUCAGAUGAACCAACCACUAAGGAAGAAGUAUUUGUGGGCGAUGUCGCCCAACAAAAUCGGGGAUUGCUAAAAUUGUCAUACCCUAUUGAGCAUGGUGUUGUCACCAACUGGGCCGAUAUGGAAAAGUUGUGGUAUAAUGUAUACACGCAAGAUUUAAAGACCAACGCCGAGGAGCACCCGUUGCUUAUCACGGAAGCACCGUUGAAUCCGAGAAAUAAUAGGAACAAAAUGUGCCAGAUAUUGUUUGAACUGUUUAAUGUUCCGUGCAUUUAUGUGUCUAUCCAAGCAGUGUUGUCGUUGUAUGCCUCGGGGAGAACCACCGGUGUAGUUAUAGAUAGUGGUGAUGGCGUAAGUCACGUUGUCCCUGUAUAUGAAGGGUUUUCCUUGCCGUCGUCUAUUAAACGAAUGGAUGUUGCUGGAAGGGACAUCACUGAACAUUUAUCAUUCAAUCUUAGACGAAUGUCGGGGAUAAAUUUACAGAGUAGCUCAGAAUUGGAAAUUGUCAGAUUGAUUAAAGAGUCUUCAUGUUUUAUAUCUAAAGAUCCCACACGAGAUGAAAAAUUGUAUCGCGUCCAUUAUAGAACUAAUGCCCCGGGCGACUCAUCUGAUUUGUUUGCAUCUUAUAAACUCCCGGAUGGUCAUAAUAUCCAAUUAGGUGUCGAAAGAUUUAGAGCUCCAGAAAUCUUAUUCAAUCCUCAAUUAAUCGGGAACGAGUCACCAGGAAUACACGAAUUAACAUCAUUGGCCAUUUCCAAAACCGAUAUGGACUUGCGUCCAAUCUUGUAUCAAAACAUCAUUCUUUCUGGUGGUAACACCCUUCUUAAGAACUUCGGAGACAGGUUAUUAAAAGAAUUAAAACAAUUACAACAUCAACAAGACAGUUCUAAUAAUACAAUAUGGAAUAAAGAUAGAGAUGCAAGCUAUGACACGAAAAUGAAACUAAAGAUAUUUGCACCCCCAGAACGAAAAUAUUCCACCUGGAUCGGAGGGUCAAUCUUGGCUGGGUUGUCAACAUUCAAGAAAAUGUGGAUCACAUCACAAGAAUACCAUGAAAACCCCGACAUUAUCCAUACAAAGUGUUUGUAA